CCCAAGGACAAAAGUACAACAUAACCGCGAUCUUUAAUGAAUAGUUCGAGAUCGAUUUAGCAAAGUACGAAGAGCAGGGUCGAAUUAAUCUAAGCAUGUUCUUCUCUCUCACGUAUGGAUUCGGUUUCGCCAGGAUUGCAUCGACAAUAACACAUGUGGCCCUCUUCUAUGGAAGGGAGAUAUAUGAUCGGUAUCGUGCUUCUUACUCGGGGAAGGAGGAUAUUCACACAAGGUUGAUGAAAAGAUACAAGGACAUACCUUCCUGGUCGUUUUACGCUUUGCUUGCUGCAACAUUUGUAGUGUCACUGGUGCUCUGCAUCUUCUUGAAUGACCAAGUGAAGAUGCCGUGGUGGGGACUCCUCUUUGCUGGUGCAAUGGCCUUCAUCUUCACUCUUCCGAUUAGUAUCGUAACCGCCACGACGAACCAGACACCAGGCUUGAACAUUAUCACAGAGUAUGUCACGGGUCUCAUCUAUCACGGACGACCGAUGGCAAAUGUGUGCUUCAAAACCUAUGGUUAUAUGAGUAUGGCUCAAGCAGUCUCCUUCCUCAACGAUUUCAAGCUAGGACACUACAUGAAGAUACCUCCAAGAUCAAUGUUCUUAGUUCUGUUCAUAGGAACAGUUCUCGCUGGAACCAUCAACAUUGCAGUGGCAUGGUGGUUGCAGAACUCUGUUGAGAACACAUGCCAGGAUGAUCUCCUUCCAGCCGACAGUCCCUGGACAUGCCCUAGUGAUCGAGUCUUCUUCGACGCAUCGGUCAUAUGGGGUUUGGUUGGCCCCAAACGGAUCUUCGGAUCUCUAGGAAACUAUCGAUCGAUGAAUUGGUUUUUCGUCAAAGGAGCAUUAGGACCCGUCGUUGUGUGGCUCUUGCACAAGACAUUUCCCAAACGAACUUGGAUCCCCCUGAUCAACCUCCCAGUUCUUCUAGGAGCAACAGGAACGAUGCCACCAGCAACACCAGUAAACUACAACGCCUGGAUUUUAGUCGGAACCGUUUUCAACUUCUUCGUCUUCCGGUACAAAAAGCAGUGGUGGAAAAGGUACAAUUACAUUCUUUCGGCGGCUCUAGACGCGGGGGUAGCUUUCAUGGCAAUAGUGCUGUACUUUUCGGAGAGAAUAGAGAACAGAAGUGUGACAUGGUGGGGAACGGAAGGUGAACACUGUGAUUUGGCAACUUGUCCAACAGCCAAGGGAAUAAUGGUUGAUGGCUGUCCAGUGAACUAAUGGAUGCACUCCUCUGUUAGAAAUCUUUCAAGACCUGCACACCAUACAAUUACCAAGGAAUAUA